AUUCAUUCAUUCUGUGGCAGCUGUCAGUAUCAGACGUUUUUUUCUUGUGUUUUUAUUUUCCCAUUUUAUCCCUGUUAUUGCCAUUUUUCCAGCAAUUUUUCCACUUGCACCACAAAUUCACAUCCCCAAUAUUAAUGUUAUCCUAAAGUUGUGUGCAGUGGAGUGGUGUUUUGAGUGGAAAUAGGUUGUUUUUUUGUGAGUGAGUGAGUGGCUUUUCAUUUGGAGAGGCAAUUAUGUGGAGCCCGACCCAUAUUCAGGUGACAGUGCUGAAAGCACGCGGAGUGCUGAUAAAGGGCAAGAACGGCACCAACAAUUGCUUCGUGACCAUUGCACUGGGCAAGGAUAAAUAUCAGACUUCGGUGAAGGACAAGGCAGAGAAGAAUGUCGAUUGGCAUGAGGAAUGUGAACUGGCAAUUCCGGAGAAAGGCAAUCGCGCCGAGUUGAUUUUGACGUGUUUGCAUCGCAAUAAUUUUGGAAUUGAUGAAUUCCUGGGACAAGUGGCACUUCCGCUGAGCGAGAUGGAUGCCUACGAGAGACCACGAUCGCGAUGGUACAAAUUGGCUUCGAAGCCGGGGAAGGAGAAUAAGAAGGAACGUGGUGAGCUGGAGGUGAGAAUCUCAUUUACAGUCAAGGCGGGAUCAUUGACGGAUCUCAGCAAGAAGGAGAAGCAUAAAUCAUCCCUGGGACAGAUGGCGUCCAAUGUGGGUGGGAGUUUGUUGAGUUUGGGAACUCUGGAGAAGCGCAAGGGACUGAAGAACUUUGCCAAAUCUCUGGGAUCAAAGGUGCAUUUGAGUGGGAAGUCAAAAAAGGAGAAAAAGGGUCAGGAUUCGGAUUCGAUGUCCGGGAGUUUUUCCAGUAUUGGAACACCGGGAAGUGGACAGUUUCAGCAGAGAAGAUCUGGACAGACGAUGGGAGAUGCUGAUCCGGGAGUGAUAAGUGAGGAUGAGGAUGAGUUUACUUUUGAGAAUUUGUCACACAAAAGUUCAGGCAGUUCGUUGAACAUGAAGGGUUUCUCGGGAACAAAUGCCAGUGUCCAGAGGACGGAUUCCGUGAAGACGGGAGGAACGGGAGGAGGAGGUAGUCCAGUGAGUGCAAAGAGUCAGAGACCAGAAAGCCCUCCGAGUGAUGUCUUCCUAACAGUUCCCCUGGAUGCCAAUAAGAAAUCAAUGACCCUUCCGGCAAAGCCACCACGAGGCCUAGAGACGCCACCGAAGAAGGAUGAAUGGGAGGAGAAGUUGUACGGGAAGUACAAGGAGAGUGGAAGUACAGAUUCGCUAAAGAGGCGUUCGUGGGAUCCGACAAAUCGCGUCCCCCUGACAGUGACCAGUGAAGAGGACGAGGAACAGAAGGUGCAAGUGGUGGAGGAAGUGGUAACAGCUCCAUCAUCCCCGGCUUUUAUGGAGAAAUCCACAAAGGCCAAGGCUGAGCCUAAGCCUCAGCCACUGCCCAGGAGCAAUACCAUGGAGGCGAUCAAUGAGAAGAGUGUAGAAAAUGCCAAGACAAAGAGUGAAAAGGAGAAUAAAUUCACGAAGAAACUCAAAUACUUCCGCCGAGAAUUUGGCGGAGGGCAUCGUGAUGAUGACAAGAAGGUGCAGCAGUUCAGCGAGAGAAUCAUCAUUGGACAUGAAAAUGAAAUACUCCGCAACAGAGAUUCAAUCAACAGAAGCGAAGUGUCCAAGGAAGUUCUCGAGAAGUACGAUGGAAAGUCAAAAGAGGAAAUGAUGAAUUUGGCUCAUUAUUUGGAAAAUGAGGUGAAACAUCAGAAGCAACGAGUGAAAGAACUCGAGGACUAUCUGGACAAUUUACUCCUUCGCGUGAUGGAGACUCAGCCUAAGAUUCUACAGAAUCCUUAUGUCAAAAUUAGUCCCACUAAAAGUGGAUGAAUAUUCAACAGGAUUUUAUUUUUGUGUUUUUUUUCUACAAAUAAUAUUCCAUAAAACUAUUUUAAAAAGUUGCAAACACGUUAGAUUUUAAGGGAUUUUUAAAAGAAAAACAAGCUAAAGAAUUUGAUAAACUUUGGGUGCCUUUAAAAUGCUCCCUCUAUGUUGAGCAAAAAAAAACACUGAGCUAAUUAAUUAUUAUAAUUAUUAAAUUAUUGAGAAACACUUGAGAUCACGAGAGAAAUUAUUACAUAUAUAUUUUUUUAUACUUCAAUAUAUACAAAUCGCUUUUUAUUGUGAAGAAAAUAUUUAAAAAAAAGAAAAGAAAAGAGAGAGAAGAAUAUCCUCAGCAAGACAAUUGUCCACAAAGAAGGAAGAGUGUCUUGAAUCUUGGUGAUUUCUUGAUUGUUCUGUCUUCUACCAACAAACUAAUUGAUGUUAAUUUAAAGAUUGUCGUUUUUUUUAAGAGAGACAUUGAAAGAAAAAAUAAUUUCUAUUUAUUAAUGUUUAAGUUAUAAGAGAAAGAAGAUAACAGUGGCGAUGGGUUGAUAAAUUAUUGAUAUGACUUUAUAAUCAAAGUGAUAAAAAAAAACACUUCUCAAAUCAAUAAAAA